UAGGUUGGGUCAGUCGAGCCGUUUCCCAGACCGUGGAGGGCGGUAUGCUUCAGUGACCUCUAAGAACACGAAUGUCUGCGUUGGUUUUCGGGGGUAAGGCGCUAAUUGGAAUGCUUUUCCUUAGCGUAUUUCUCAAUCCUGAAGCCUGAGCGGAAAAUAAAAGGCACGCCCAGCCCACUUUCCGGAGGAUAGGAGAUUGCGAAGGACAACCAGGAAGCGGCUGGGCUGGGAACUGUCCCCGGUUCUCUUAUCAGAUUUUAAGCGUGCCUGCCGGGGGCCCUAGACAGCGGUCCCCUCCCGCGACCUAGGCUGCAUCACUCCAGAGCUGUCAUGUCCUCCGACUUCGAAGGCUAUGAGCAGGACUUCGCGGUACUCACUGCAGAGAUCACCAGCAAGAUUUCGAGGGUCCCUCGACUCCCGCCUGAUGAGAAGAAACAGAUGGUUGCAAAUGUGGAGAAACAGCUUGAAGAGGCAAAAGAACUGCUUGAGCAGAUGGAUUUGGAAGUCCGAGAGAUACCACCCCAAAGUCGAGGAAUGUACAGCAACAGAAUGAGAAGCUAUAAGCAAGAAAUGGGAAAACUAGAAACAGAUUUUAAAAGGUCACGGAUCGCCUACAGUGACGAAGUACGGAAUGAGCUCCUAGGGGAUGACGGGAAUUCCUCAGAGAACCAGUUGAUAAAAUUACGUGAAGAGAGGGCACAUCUGCUCGAUAACACAGAGAGGCUGGAAAGGUCAUCUCGGAGACUAGAGGCUGGAUACCAAAUAGCAGUGGAAACCGAACAAAUUGGCCAAGAAAUGUUGGAAAACCUCAGUCAUGACAGAGAAAAGAUACAGCGAGCACGUGAAAGACUUCGGGAAACAGAUGCAAACCUGGGGAAAAGCUCUAGGAUUCUAACGGGGAUGUUGCGAAGAAUCAUCCAGAACCGCAUCCUGCUUGUCAUCUUGGGGAUCAUCGUGGUCAUCACCAUCCUGACGGCGAUUGCUUUUUUCGUCAGAGGACACUGAUGAAUCUCCUCUCCCUUGAUAAACAUCAGCCUCGGCAUGUUCUGAGUAAUUAAGACAAAAUGGUCACAUGAAUCAUUCUCUUUCGCUGACAGGCCCUGGGUGACCUUCUCUCUCCCUCACCACUCUUCAAGUGCUCAAGUGCAAAGAGUGUAAAAAUAUUUUCUAUUCCUGUUUGCAUGUGGGUUGGUUUCCUUUUCUAGGUUUGUCUUCAGCCAGAUUUUUUUUCAUUCAUUUGCCUUUUGAUAAUUUCAUCUACUGUCCAAAAUAGCCUCAGUGAGAUCUUUCUUGCCCUGUGGACAUGUCAGGGGUUAUGGUUUCAGAGAAGACAUAAUGAGUCAGGCACAGGAGCGUCUGUUUGUCAUGAACUUCUUGUCACCAAAAUCUUUUUGUGAUGCCCGAGGAUACAAAUGCAAAGAAAAUCAGGGGACAGAGCCGGUGGCCAGCUCCGGCAAGCCAGCCCGGUCCCUUCCCAGGCAUAAUGAAUAUAGUCAACCUGUCCAAGUCCUUUUAUUGCAACAAAGGGUAUUUAAUGUCACUUGUACAGGAAAUGGACUUAGCACUUUCCCUGGUUUUCUACUGUGUAAUUCUUUAAACUGGAGAACAUUUUUGCUGACCUUACCCAAUAUGUACUUUUCACAACUUUGGUUACUGGCUACAAGGAAUAUUUCUUUGCCUUCCCCAAUUCCCAUACUCCUCCGAAUUUGCUGGCAAAAUGAGCCCUAGCACAGUAUUUAAUUUCGACCUCAUCUUCCCUGACCUGUGUAGGCAUCUCUGUAUCCUUUCGGUUUUAAUAUCUGCACUACCAAAAGCAACCCUCAUACAUGCAAAAGGUCUGACAAGGUUCGCUCCACAUCCAUUCUGGUAUGUAAAGAGAACAUGAAUAUUUCAGUAAGAGCAAGAACAUGACUCCAUCUGUUCGAAAUUUCCAAGGUGAUUAUGAAUAUGGGAGAGUCCUGCAGGAUGAUCCACUAGAAAUAAACGCUCACUAACCUCCUUUCAAAGGAGAAGGACUGAAGGAUGUUAUGAAAGGACAACAUGGGUUUUUUACUAACAAAUGUUAGCAAUGCCUUCCUGAAUUCACUAUGUAUUCAAACGUCUAACGUGCUUUUUUCUUUCUGUCUGAGGUAACCGGGAAUUGCGUUCAAAAUGAGUUCAUUUGUGAUCGGCCUUAAAAAUUACCCAAGCUGAGGGGAAAAAGUCAUCUUCCCCCUAGUUAUAAAGCAAAAUGUGUUUUUCUUGACUUCGUAGCCACUUACGGGGUUUCUACUAUCUUUUGAAUAUAAUUGAAAGCUUUGAAUUCUUGAAACACAAACCUGUUCUCUUCAUAAAAAAUGCUAACCACCUGUGCUUGUGGAUCAAGAUUACCAGAAUGCAACACUUGAUUUUUUUUUUUUAACUUAGAGGAAAACUAUUAUGGUGUAGGGAGGAAAUGCAGUAUGCAAAAUCCACCAGAGAAACCAUACUUGUCGGGACAGGCCAAGGCCUGCAAGUGUUCGGAUAUCAUUUAGCAUUGUGGAAAUAAAGCUGCAGCCUUUACAUCAGAAGGCCAUGUGAGGGAUUUUGGCCAAGGGAUAGUGAAAGAGCAGGAGGCUGUGGUAAUUUUCUUGUCAGCUCAAAGGACCCAUCGCAGCAAAAACCUCCUGAUGACAGGAUUCUGGAUGUGCUGAACUCAUAGAAGAAAUCAUUUAAAAGCAAAGAAGCAAACAACCCCUCCUCAUCUGGAACUCUAGCGGUUGGUGAAGUACACCACCCCUCCGGUGGCUACCUUGGAAGCUGUUGGUCAUAGUCAGUGCACAAUUCCUUGAUGAGCUGUGCCUCCCACUCCCUCCCAACCCCUGCUCAGCUCAUCUUGCCAAGGCCACCUCGCCAGCAAGUUUCACCUGAUCGUCUGGACUUGGUGACUCCUAGGUGUUUCACUAAAAGUCUUGUGUUCGUGGGGAAACUGAUGAAAUGAGAAGAGCAGAGCACUGUCCUUGCUUCCCUGGCCUCAGCUCCUCCUGUCCGGUUCCUUGUCUUUAUCAGCCUUGGCCCAGGAUUUUGCCCAGGUUCAACCUUGGGAGUGAGAAGACUGUGACUAGAAAACCCUUGGCUUGAGGCUCCAUCCCACCUUGAGAGUGAGCACCCCAGCGACUAGGCCGCGGUGCGCUCUGUGAGGAGGCUGCUCAGAAGGUCCCCUGAUCCCCCCAGCUGGUCCCGCUGCAUGCUGCAGGCGGGACUCAGAGGAGGGGCAAGCCCAGGGACUCCCCCUCCCUCCCUGCCCCCCUGUGAAAGGAAGAGAGUCCACAAAUUUGAAGCCUAUUGAAAAUAGGGGGAAGGUUCUAGUGGCUUAAUAUGUAUACUUCGAUUGUUGAAUAUUCCUGAAGCUGGGAGCCUUUGUUAUAAACAAUGUACAAUGGGGAGGGUGGGGAAAGAUAAAGGUGAAGAUGUAGAGGAGGAAGAA